AUGAAUGAACAGCAGCCCGCGACCUCUCAACCCCGGGAAGUUUUCAACAGCUCAAACCGGGAUCAAUGGAAAGCAGCACUGGAUACCCCACGGCCGUUGUUGAUCCACUUGAAUGCCGACACGACAUGGCUACUCCAAAUCCCUUAUCCGCGUGGUGCCGAGAAUCGAUACGGACGAUCACAUUUCAAUAUACUGAUUGAUCCAUGGCUACAAGGACCCCAGUCGGACGUGGCGUCCUGGUUCUCUACUCAGUGGCAUGUCGUGGAGCCUAGCGUGGCCACCAUAGCUGAAUUAAACAAAGUGCUGGGCGAGCUUGACGGAGCCGCUAAUCAGUCGCAUACUGACCACAGUCUUAGCAAGACUGACCCGACGAGGGACAAAGAUGAAAAGGCCACAGCAAGCGAUUGGUUCAUUGAUGCAGUAAUUAUCUCACACGAGUUCACCGACCAUUGCCACCAAGCAACCCUGGAGGAGCUACCGAAAAGCACUCCAGUCAUCGCUGGGGAUGAAGCCGCAAAACUGAUUAAAUCAUGGAAUCACUUUGACGAGGUUAUCACGACACCCCCUUACUCGAGCCAGUCGGCAUCAUGGCAGAAAGCGAUGGCAGACUGUCAUCCCAUACUCCCCAAGUGGCUGGGCAUUGGACGGGUCGUGACAGCUGGCAAUGCGCUCUACUACCACUCGGCAGUUAUCAUUGCUUUUGGUUCGGACACGCAAGUCGAGGCGGUGCUGUAUUCGCCACACGGCAUCAACGCCCAAGACCUAGCAUUUCUCCCACAAUCAGGACUGAAGACGCUGGCGCUGCUGCACGGGCUACAUGACGUUCGGAUAUGGAUGACAAAACAGCUCAACCUGGGUGCGCUGAAUGGGCUCCAGGCCAUGAGGGCCUGUGGUGCCAAGUACUGGGUUGCGACUCACGACGAGGUCAAGCGCGGGGGAGGCUUGAUCAGUUGGAUGCUGCAGAGGACAGUAUACUCGCUCAAAGAUGCAGUCAAGGCAGAGGAGGCGAGGAUCAAGGCGGAUGCUGAUCAGGAGGAUGUAGGGAGUUAUCAGUUCCUCGAGCUUGGAUCUGGCGGAGCUAUUGUCCUGGUGUAA